AUGUAUGCGGUCAGAUUGACCCCUCGGUGUUAUGUAAUCCCUCCGGCUGGCUCUGGCUCUGGCUGGUCCCCUGCCCAAGCGCACUGCCCAGCCAUCGACCACGCACACCAACAAGAUCCAAUGGCCACCAUCAUCAAACCAUUCGAAUUACCCUCCCAAGACUAUGAAGACUUCGACCCAUCAGCAGGUCAACCCAAUCGCCCUUCUAGUCUUCCAAAUAGAUCCCACGAUUACCUGCCCGUAUUGACAUUGGGAUUACUACCAUCAUCUUCGAUAUAUGUUUCGAUAUCACACUAA